AUGAGCGUUCAAGAAGAUGUUUUGAAGAUACAAAAAAAAUUAACAAAGAUGACUUCCGACGAUGGCACGGGACAAGAAGAUGCACUAGAGUUACUAAAGGCUUUGCAAACAAUGGCUAUUAAUUUAGAUGUCUUGACCAAAACAAGAAUUGGAAUGACAGUGAACGCAUUAAGGAAAUCCAGCAAGGAUGAAGAAGUUAUAUCUCUUUGCAAAACUCUUAUUAAAAACUGGAAAAAAUUUCUGUCACCAAGCACACAAAAAGAAUCUGGAAGUUCAUCCAACUCAAAAUCCAAAAAAGAUUCAAAAGAUAAGGAAAAAAAGGAGGACAAAGAAAAAGAUAAAAAAUUACCUGCAUCAUUCCCUCCUCACUCUAAUACAACUGAUGCUGUACGUUUAAAGUGUCGAGAACUACUCACUCAGGCCCUUAAAACUGAUGUGAACAUUUCAAAUUCAUGUGGUUCUCCUGAAGAACUUGCUGAGGAACUUGAAGAAUGCAUUUACACAGAAUUUAAAAACACUGACAUGAGGUAUAAGAACAGAGUAAGGUCGAGAGUUGCUAACUUGAAAGAUCCUAAAAAUCCAACUUUAAGGACAAACUUUUUGAACGGAGUAAUUUCAGCAGCGCACCUUGCAAAAAUGACUCCAGAAGAAAUGGCCAGUGAUGAAAUGAAAAAGGUCCGUGAGAAAUUCAUUAAAGAGGCAAUUGACGAUGCUCAACUUGCUACAGUACAGGGAACUAAGACAGAGAUGUUAAAAUGUGGCAAAUGCAAAAAGAGAAAUUGUACAUACAACCAGCUUCAAACAAGGAGUUCUGAUGAACCAAUGACUACAUUUGUACUCUGCAAUGAGUGUGGUAAUCGCUGGAAGUUCUGUUAA